UUCGGCAAGAAAUGGCGUCUGUGUUUUUUUAUAUUUAAAUAAUAUAUCGCAACGAUUCAAUGAAAUUAGGCAGGUUUUGAGUAAGUCUGAUUUCUUAGUUUCCGAUUGUUCUGAAUACACGAGUGAUGCAUUUUGAAAAAUUUCCUGCACCCAUCUGGAAAUUCUCUCGUGAACGAGAUAUGGCAAUGCUGAUACUUCACGGAACUGUCUGAUUGGUGAGUAUCUCAAUACAGUCCAAUUACGCCUCGCGGCAUAAUAUCGCGUGCCAGAAAAUGUGUAAUUACGAUUUAUCGGAACGUCUGACUUUUCAUUCGCGUUCACUUUUACAAAAUUGGUCAAUAAAUUUACGUGGCUAGAUCGUACGCGAGAUGCGAGGCUUUAAUCGACUAUCGCGUAAUUUAGAUAAUUUUCAAAAUUAAUUAUCACAAAUUGAUGUCGAAACAUGUCAAAACGUCAAUUGAAUUAGCCUCGAAAGUUAUUCGAUUACAGCACACGUGAUACGUGGCGAACUUCACUCCGAUGAUCAAUUAUCAAAAUAAUUAUGAAAACCACCGAGACUCGUGUCCAUUUAUCGCCUAAAACUACAGUAUAGAAAUAGGGAAUUAGUUGAAUAUUAAAAAAAAAAAAACGAAAAUGCCUGAAUCUUCCUAUUCUCGUAAUUCCCCCAGGUCGGUCAUACUGUCCAGGAUGGACGUCCUAAGUUACAAUCACAUUGUGGACCUGGACUCGAAAUUCGACGAUGAGGUGCAACCUAACCCCUUCAUAGACGCAGCUGGUGAAGUGGAUGAAGUGGACGAAGUGGAUAAAGUGGACGACAUAGACGUGAUCGACGAAUCAGGAGACAAGAAAAUAUCAAAACCCUUUCGAAGAAGUCUCUUUCCAAACGUCCCACCCUAUAUAUCCUUUCAGUCGCACGACAGCCAGGGUCAGAGUAAUCUACCCUUCGAGAUCCGGCGACAUCUAAAGUGGCGACUGAGCUCAAUAACGCCGUUGCUGGUGCGACGUACUCUCACAAAUUCUGGUUUCCGGUUGUUCAAGAAGGCCUCCGAUUGGUCAGGAGUCUGGGGCAAGCAUAUGAAAUCGACGUGCUUCAAAAUAAUCAAAGAGUACCAGAAGGUGAAUCACUUCCCAGGAACCUUCCAGAUUGGUCGCAAGGAUCGCUUGUGGCGCAAUCUAAGUAGAUUAAUGGCGCGUCACGGUAGACGUGAAUUUGGUUUUGUCCCAAGGACCUACGUCUUGCCCCAGGACCUCAGAUGCUUCCGACAGGUCUGGGAGAGAACCGCAGGUCGAGAGAAAUGGAUAGUGAAGCCCCCAGCAUCCUCACGUGGUACAGGAAUAAGAGUGGUACAUCGCUGGAGCCAAAUACCUAAGAAGCGGCCAGUGGUGGUUCAGCAAUAUCUGUCCAAGCCAAGACUGAUAUCCGGAGCGAAGUUUGACCUGCGUCUCUACGUCCUCGUGACGAGCUUCAAUCCUCUCAGGAUUUACAUCUAUCCAGAAGGUUUGGUUAGGUUCGCUUCGGUGAAGUACGUGGACGAUAUAAACUUCCUGAGCGAUAGGUUCAUGCACUUAACCAAUUACAGUAUCAACAAGACCAGUGCUAAUUAUACGAACAACGAUUCGGCAGACUCCUGCACGGGACACAAGUGGACCCUGAAUACGCUCUGGAGUUACCUGGAGCGUGAGAACGUCGACGUGCCCCGUUUAUGGAGCUCCAUGAAGGACAUCGUAAUCAAGACAAUGAUAUCAGGAGAAUCAUCGAUCAACAGCCUGACCAGGGCAAACACGAGUAAUAAAUACUGUUGCUACGAACUCUUCGGCGUCGACAUUCUUCUGGAUGAGAACCUGAAGCCCUGGCUCCUCGAGGUGAACAUAUCACCAUCUUUACAAGCAUCGUCGGCCUUGGAUAUCGCAGUCAAGGGUCCUCUAAUUCAGAACGUGUUCAACAUGGCAGGAUACCAGCUGCCAAGUUGCAUUUCAGCGACCGAUGCCGAAUCACUGUCCAAGAAGUACAGAGUCGACUCUGUCGUUCAGGACCUCAGACUGUACAAGACUGGCUUGAGCUACCAGGAAAGGCACAAGCAAUCUCUGUUUGCUCAUUUGACAAAUAGAAACGAAUAUCUCAAUGAUAUUUUAGAGGACCUUACUCCCGACGAUGUUCGUCAACUUGUUCUAUUCGAGGAUGAGCUCAGUCAGGUUGAUCGAUUCGAGACGAUCUUUCCUACCAGCGAAAGCCACGAGUACUUCAGGUACUUUGACGUGCCUAGAUAUUACAAUAUGUUGCUGGAUGCCUGGAAAUAUAAAAAUGGUAACGAUAGGGACAAAGGCAUCGCCAGGCUUCGGCAAUUGUGCAAGGUCAAUUAUCAUCUUGAGCAACAGGCUACUUUUUAGCACGACACUGCCUCGGAUUGUCACUGCCAUUUUUGAUCAGUUAAAAACGUGUACAAAUCUCGUGUGAUAGACGUCACGGUGAUCCUUUUCUUUCUUUAUUAUUAAUUUUUUUUUGUUUUCGAGAAAUACUGUUGUACUUUUAGACUGCCACGUGAUGAGCUACUUCGUUUGUGCCUUCGCGAUUCGUGAAUAAUAUUUUUCAUGUAACAAUACAAAUUUGGAUUAAUAAAAAGAAAAUGUUGUUUUU